UCGAAUUCUUCCUGUUACAAGUAGCCUGCACGUUAGCCCGUCUUAAAUUUAAUCAAACCCGAAAGAGGCACGGGUUUACUCCUUGUAUUGUCUAUUGUAACGUUAGCCUAAAAAACCCAGUUGAUCAACUAACUUAUUCUCCGAGCAGAGGUAAACAGAACACGAAAAACUAGUAAGCCUAUUUCUACAGAAAUGGCAGAUGAGGUCGAAGCAAUCGGGGACAUUGAGGAGGAGCUAGAGGACACCACCGACGCAAAGCCGGACAGAAAAGGGAGAUUCCUUCUCUUCGGGAGUAAGAAGAAGAAGGAUGGACCAGCGUUGGGUCAGGACCACUCUACUGAAAGCCAUUACAGAAUUGUUUCACCAACAUUCCAGUAUAAGAUGAGCCACCAGCGAGUGGGCAAGUGCGUCAUCAUCAACAACAAGAACUUUGAUGAGAAGACAGGGAUGAAUGUGCGGAACGGGACGGACCGAGACGCAGGAGAGCUGUUCAAAUGCUUCAAGAGCCUGGGGUUCGACGUCUGCAUUUACAACGACCAGACCUGCGAGAAGAUGGAGCGCCUACUGCGAGAAGCUUCUGAGCAGGACCACAGUGACAGCUCAUGUUUCGCCUGCAUCUUGCUGAGCCACGGAGAGGAAGGGAUGAUCUACGGCACAGACGGCGCCAUGCCCAUCAAGAGCAUCACCUCCCUCUUCAGGGGAGACAUGUGCAAGAGCCUGGUGGGCAAACCCAAGCUCUUCUUCAUCCAGGCUUGUCGGGGUUCGGAGUUUGACGAUGGGAUACAGACGGAUUCUGGUCCACCCAACGAGACUCUGGAGACAGACGCAAACCCCAGACACAAAAUUCCAGUGGAGGCAGACUUCCUGUUCGCGUACUCUACCGUACCAGGUUACUAUUCCUGGAGGAACCCUGGUCGGGGCUCUUGGUUCGUGCAGGCACUCUGCAAUGUCCUGAACGAGUUUGGCAAACAGCUGGAGAUCAUGCAGAUCCUCACACGUGUCAACUACAUGGUGGCCACCAACUUCGAGUCCUGGUCUGAGGACCCGCGCUUCAGCGAGAAGAAGCAGAUCCCUUGCGUCGUCUCCAUGCUGACCAAAGAACUCUAUUUCAACUGACCGACAAAGACCACCACGACCGGUCGCACGUUCAGGGAUGACGAAGACACACCCCCCCCCCCCCCCCCCCCCCCCCCCCGGAAGCGCCAACGUCACACUGGAGGGAAGGUGCCGGCGGGGGUAACACAGCUCUCAGCUUCUUCAGUGGCACUCUGCAUACAAUGUGUGGUGAUGCUCGCCUCUUAAGGUUAUGGUUCGGUCACAUGACCCGUCGACAGGCAGUGUGGAAUAUCCGUGUGAUUCACCUGACCCAGAAAUGUGAUGCACUUAACCCUUUAACCGCCAAUCCUGCCAGGAAAAAAAAGUGGCCUUCUUUUCUCCUCAAUCAGAGAAGGCUCUCGUCCUACUCACAGUUGUGUGAUCUGUAAUUACAGAAGCCGUCUACAAGCCCUUGCCUCAAGAAGAUGUAAUUGCUCUUAGAUGAGCAACGUGGGAAAAAAAAUACAAAUUUUACCAAAGUAAAGGUUGUCUGAUGCCAGCUGUGACUUCUGUCAGUUAUAGAGGUCUAAUGACUGAAGCCUCACAAACCCAAAAAUGGGUGGAGAUACCACCUUGUUACAAGUUACUUAUUGAUUAGAACUAUUAAUAAGUUCUGGCUAUAGAGAGCCAAGAGUCUUUUGAUUGGACAGUCAGAAAGUUGUUGACAACAUGAUCCCUUUUUAAUCCAUCAUUGGAGUUGAUUAAAUUCAUACAUACUGUUUAUCUGUAGUAAAUUCAAACUACAGAAUUUGAUCCAGAUGCUGUAAUAAUUGGUAACCUACAGGCCUAAAUGUACGCAAAUUUGACUGCUCUGAAAUUCACAGAAUUAAGACUCACUUCUUGCACUCAUGUUAGCCUUACCGCCUGACACAGACACAUCUACUCAGCACACAAUACGCCAAAUCUUGCACUUCGUAGAGUACUGUAAAGACAGCAAUUCUAAAAAACCCAGUAUAUAAGCAAGGAUUCAAAGGGAAGAAGACCAAGUUUGAUCUGAACUGUAAACUCUCUAAGUAUGCGUUGUGCACAUAUUAUUUUGCAUUUAGACCGCAUAUCAUUUCAGGAGAAAAAUACUGAGGUCUCGUAUUUUGCGUGGGGAGUGUGGGGUUUUCUCUGUGAAUUUCAGGCUGUCAUAACUAUAGCGAUGUUAAUGUCACAACAUACACUGACCUGUAACGGUUUGUGCCAUUGUGUACAUGCAGUUAAUGUUUGCUGUAACAGCAGAGCUUACAUUACACCACAUAUUGUACAUCCACUUCACUUAUGGAGCCUGCUCUAGAGCUGGCUCCCAAAAGUUUUAUUGCUCUGUCACUGACUACUCAGUAGACUUAUCAUAUACAUAUUAUUAACAUAUAUGUGGAUAUGAAGAUAUACACACAUUUACUAACUGUAUAUGAGUCAUGACUCAUCACAAACUAUUUCACUUGUCCUUCCAUGUUUUCAUAUUCAAAGCACAAAUUGCCACUUUGUUGUACAUCAGUCCUGUACAAUCAGCUGUAUACACAUUUAUUAUUUAAAUAAUGCAUGUGUUUAGUUUUUUUCUUUUUUCUCCCCAUUUUGAAAUUUCUAACUUGAGUCACCACUGUGCCACCGUCACCAGGAGCACUGCAGAAUUGCAUGCAUGCACUCCGCCCAUACACUUACCUGUGAGCCAAUGACUAUUUAGACACACUACACUCCACAUAGUACUACAGAAGAGCUAGCGCCCAUGGGGAGAGCUGUAUCAUACUGAUGGUGACUGGUAGUUGGUGGGCACCUGGUGCCUCACUGGGGGGAGCUAAUGCAGUGGUAACAUAUGGAAUUGUGUCCUACUUUCAGUAAGCCCAUUCUAUCCCUGACAGGACAAAGCUCAUUUUUAAAAGCACACAUUUCUUUGGGAUCAAAGGUUGUUAUUUGAUAUUCACAGCAUGUUCUUCUAAAGUUAGAAAGCCAGUUUGUUAAUCUACAGAGGCAGCUAUUACUGAUGACAACUUUCUCGAUUACAUGUCUGACCAUCCACCACCCAUUUGUCCCAACCAACAUGUAAUGUUCUCUGAAAAUUUCUGUAACUGUGAUGGUGUUGUAGUAGCAUUACAUUACAGAUACAUCACAGGAGAAUUAUGUAUUGGCUUGGAAUUCAUUCACCAUGUUAAUUUACCAGUCCGUUGUCUGUUUUUUUUUUCUUUCUUUUCAUUUUUAGUCGCUUUUUUAUUUUUUAUUUGCAAUAUUUUUACAAUUAAACUUUUUUAGAUGGUGCAACUAUCAUCUUCAAGGUUCCGGUUUGGCUGGUUUAAGCCAAAUAUUGAUAUAUCCCAAGAGUGAAAACUCGGGUUACAAUGGACACACAAGUGUAAUCAUGUUCUUUAGUAUCCAUCUUGAACCUGUGAACCUGUAAAAACCUUCUAUAAGCACCAAUCAGUAAUCAUUGGUUUUGCGGUCAAUCCAUGGUGUUACCUAAUGUGUAGCCGAAGGAGUUUUUGCUCCAGUGGUUUUGGAAUGGAAUUGAAGGGAAAGUAAUAUUUUUAGAAGUAAAAUGAAGUGUUUAAUGCUGAUGACCUCAGGAAUAUAUUUUUUAAAUAUUUGGAACUAUGAAUUAUAGAGUUUUAUUGGGUGCAAAAUUCACUCAAAUUGCAUAAAUAUAGCUGGAAUCUAAGAAUUUAUGACCCAUGGUGUAUUUUGGUAACUAAAAAUAAAUAAAAAGUUGAAAAAUGA